AUGAAACCGCCAAUAUUCCUAGGUGGAAUUGAACCAUUGAAAGCAGAAACAUGGUUGCUUGAGAUGGAAAAACUGUUUGAGGUGUUUCCCUAUACCGAGAUUCAAAAGGUUUUAUUGGUCACUUACACUCUGAAAGACGAAGCUCGGAGGUGGUGGUUACUGAUUCGGAAUACCAAUGCGAAUAUGACGUGGGCUCGAUUUAAUGAGAUCUUUUAUGAAAAAUAUUUUCCUCAAUGUUUUCGGGACCAAAAGGCGUCUGAAUUCCAAGAACUUAAGCAAGGCCGAAUGUCCGUAGAUGAGUACGAGGCAAAGUUCACCGAAUUAGCUAGAUUUGCUCCUCAUAUGGUGGACACAGACUACAAGAAAGCUCGCAAAUUUGAGGGACGAUUGGACUAA